GCAAAGGCUUUUUCUUGUGGCUCCCUACUCAAGGGACAGUUCGGGUCAUCAUUUGAUAGAGGUUCCCUUACGAAUACUACAUCGCCAUUGCCAAGGUUCUGUUGGCUUGUCCUCAGGACAGUUCGGGUCAUCGUUUGUACCGAUUCUUAGCAAUGCAGAGGUACAGAGUUCGAGAAUAGAACCUGAGCCUGUUGAAAACCUAGGACGGAGCGCACUGGUACUGUAUCAAGCCGAACGGGCGAUCAAGUAUAAAUAUGGUCUGUCCUCCACGUCUAACCAGGAGUUGAGGACCAAGCACGCCAGCAUCUGUUCACCAUUACAACUGCGAGCCAUCUUUCCAAACCAUCAUCUUCAACAUGCAUUACGCAAUCCUCAAGAAUGCCCUGAUCCUGGGCAUGGCAGCCUUUUCGAGCGCUCAGUUCAUGGAGCGAGACCAAUACUUCAAUGAAGCCCCCAAGGCCCGCGCCCACAUCGAUGCCGCUCGCACCCGGCACGGCAACAACCUGUCCGAUGCACAGGCGGCUGUUCUCAACCUCGCAGAUGACGUGGUGAACACCUUUGCCACAAAGAGGAUCCCUGAGCUUCUGACGAAGUGUGACGAGGCGUUCGGCAGCGAGGAGUGCAGACUCAUUCUCGGCGAUGCUUCCACCGAGUCUGCUGGUGGACUUGAGAAGCGGGCAACCUGCGGAUGCUCUACGGGUGCCGAUUACUGCGACGGGUCUUCGUCGUGCAACAGCAACGCCGCAUGCGAAUAUCAAGCUCGUGGAUGUGGACAUUUGUUUCUCAUGUACUGCAAUGGCGCGUGCCGUUAAUGGCACAAAACACAUGCCGUUGCCACGAAUGGCGCAGGGAUAUCGGCUCAUGUCCACUGGUAAGAGUCAGUAUCAGGAUCUCAGGUCUGAGCAGUGUUGUUGAGUGGAGCGUUUGAGUUGCGAUGCUGUUGGUCCGGAAACACAUGUCCCUAAGUAAUAGGUACCUAGCUUAUUGCAAUGCGUUGUGACUC